CGCGUCCGAGCGCGUGUGGACGCACGCACGCGCGCACGAGCCGCAGAUAGGAUGGCUGCGCACUCCUAAGACAUUAUCGCUUACAAACUCUGUCCGGAAAGAACAGAACGGAGUAAGAGGUGAAGGAAAGACAGAUAAGAAAGAAAAGAGAGGGAAAGAGAAAAACAUUAUAUCGCAGCAGCCGACGCCACUUGCCAAUCAUUAUGCCGGCGGAGGUGAAAGAGGAACAGAGCCCAGAGAAUCCUGUAGCUUUGCCUUCAAAGAAGCAGAACAAAGAGCUGAGUGAAGAGGUGCCCUCUGCAGAAGACGUCCCGGACACACCGUCCUCUGACCUGAGCACGGCCACGUUCACCAACGGAAGCUCACAGAACACGGAGACUAACAAUGAUGAAAGCUCCGGGAUUGGGACAGAGAAGUCAUCCAGCCCUGACACUGAGUUGAACCCCCUCAGUGCCUCCAGCUCUCACGAGGAAGUUGUGCCAAAACAGCUGGAGGAAAUUAUAACUGAUCCAACAGAGACAUUUCAGACAGUGUGUGAGGGCUCUCGUAAUUCAGAGGGCAUUCUUGUUUCUGAUCCCUCAGUGGAGAAAGAAGAUGUAUGUAGUUCAUCUCAGGCUGAUAUAAUAACCCCCAGCCCUGACAUCAACACAUCGUCUGACAGUCCAGCAGAAAGCACCAAAGACCAGCCUCUCAGGCAUAGCACUCUUCAAAGUCCAAGGGUAGACCUUAGCAAUCAUGACACCAUUCCUCAUGGUUUCCCGUACCCCCCUUCUUACACAAACCUGCCAGCUAGGAACUACUUAGAGAACUGUUAUACCCUCCCACUUCACAGGGACAGCUUUGGUCGAAUUGGAGGACCAGUGUGCAAUGGUGCUGCCAAAGGGGAUCAGGAUGGUUCUGACAUGAGGUCAGGAAUCCCUGCAAUCAGUCAUCCUAUCAUGGGUGGAACCCUCCCUCUGAGACCUACGUUGGAUCUUGCGGUUGACGAUCAUCUCGGUCCAUUACCACAUCCAUUCUUGCAGGAUCUGUACAGGAUGCAGACCCUGAUUCCUCAUAAACGGGCCAGCAUGGUCAGCCUGGACACCAUUCGUAAGGACCCUCGAUGGAGAGAUCCCAACUUGCGGGAGGUUAUUGCCAUGCUUAGCCACCCCAUGGACCCUGUUAAGUCCAAUGCUGCUGCCUAUCUACAGCAUCUCUGUUACGAGAAUGACAAGGUAAAGCAGGAUGUGAGGCAACUCCAUGGUAUCCCCAUAUUGGUGGGGCUGCUCGACCACCCCAAACCUGAGGUGUACCGCAAGGCCUGCGGAGCCCUAAGGAAUAUAUCCUUUGGAAAGGAUCCCUUCAACAAGGUGGCCAUCAAGAACAGUGAUGGCAUUCCUACACUACUGAGGCUGCUGAGAAAGACAAAUGACAUGGAGGUUCGAGAGUUAGUUACAGGAACACUCUGGAACCUCUCAUCUCAUGAACCCCUAAAGAUGGUCAUCAUCAAUCAUGGGCUUCAGACUCUGACUGAUGAGAUUAUCAUACCACACUCUGGUUUAAGAGGGGAUCCCAAUGACCCAUCUAGACCAGGAGCACCAGAAUGGACCACAGUUUUUAAAAAUACAUCUGGAUGCUUAAGGAAUGUGAGUUCAGAUGGGGCUGAGGCUCGUCAGCAGAUGCGCGAGUGUGAUGGACUGGUUGAUGCUCUGCUUCAUGCCCUUUACUCUGCUGUGGCAAGGAGGGAUAUGAAUAACAAGUCUGUUGAGAACUGCGUCUGCAUUCUUCGUAACCUAUCCUACCACGUGCACAAAGAGGUACCGGGGGCAGAGAAAUUUUACAGCACCCCAACUAUUCUGACUACAAAGCCAAGGAAUCACCAGAAGAAAAAGGAUGUGCCUGAUUGUUUUGGUGGGAGGACAACCAAAGAGGAGUGGUUCAAUCAGUGCCGGAAACAUGGAACAAGCGACAAAUCAAACAACACUCUGGACAUACCCAAGCGCACACUCCCGACUAAAGGUCUGGAGCUGCUCUACCAGCCGGAGGUUGUGAGGCUUUAUUUGUCACUCCUCAAGCUGAGCCACAACCAGAACACUCUGGAGGCAGCCGCAGGGGCCCUCCAAAAUCUGUCAGCAGGACUAUGGGCAUGGUCCAACUACAUCCGAGCAACUGUACGUAAAGAGAAAGGGCUGCCUAUUCUGGUUGAGCUACUCCAUUCAGAUGCAGAUAAAGUAGUGAGGGCAAUUGCUAUUGCCCUUCGUAACCUGGCCAUUGAAAACAAAAAUAAAGAUCUCAUUGGGAGCUAUGCCAUGAGGGACCUUGUCAGCAAUUUGCCCAGUGGCCAGCAACGUCCUGCCAAAAACCUGGAAGAGGACACAGUGGUGGCAAUCCUCAAUACCAUCCACGAGAUCAUUACUGACAACCUGGAGAAUACUCGCUUCCUUAUUCAGGGUCAGGGGAUCCAAAAGCUGGUGGCCAUAAAUAAGACGAGCCAGUCUGUGAGAGAGAACAAAGCGGCAUCGCAUGUACUCCAGACUGUUUGGGCCUACAAAGAUUUAAGGCAUGCACUGACCAAGGGAGGCUGGAAUAAAUCUCACUUUAAGCCAGCAGUUUCUGGAGUACCCAAAAAGCAGAAGAACCCAAAGCUAGGCAAUGAUGACAUCACAUUGCCCUUAAUGGAAAAAAACCAAGAUGGAUACUGCAGCACUGAUCAGAAUGACAGAGUUGGAGAUGGCCCAUGCCAUAUGAUAGAGCGGGAAACCUACCAGGGGGUAAAUGAUAAGCGACAUUUCAUCAGGACCAGUAGGCCAGCUGUUGGCUUAGUGGAACACACUCCUCAACCCUUGGACUCUUGGGUCUGAUGCCCCAUCUGAUGGAAGUACAAUGUUGGAUUUGCACUUUUCCCAAAUUCAGCUGAAUUUACAGUUUGUGAAACAGAAGACCAUGUACCACAGAUUUUAUUCCAGCAUCUUCAAAAAGCAGAAAACUGACAUGCGUUUUUCUUUUUUUUUUUUUAAACCUUGACUGUGGCUGUGGUAUAUAUUUUUUUCAUUUAUUAUAGUGUUUUGUGUUCCUACUAAAAUAUUUUCUCUGUUUUUAGCAUUUUCAGUUCUAGUACUUCCUUAGAAAUGCCCAGAUAUUAUAUAAUCCAAGUACUGGUUAAUAUCUGAUUACAAAUUUGAUCCUUGUAUUAUUUGAUUUUUGCCCACAAGACAUAUGUAUAAUAGUGCUUAUAUUCUUUAACUGUAUGCAACAUAGACCAGUAUUCUAUCUUUGUUUUUGUUUUUCUUUAUGUACAGCAAGAGAUGCAACCAGCAUAUAUAUGGAUAUUAAAUUUUACUAGCAGUCUAUGAAAAUCUCAGACAAAAGUCAUUGUGCCAUAUUAGUCAAACAAGUCAUUCUUACUUGAUUCAAUUGCUUCUCCAUUGUCAGUGUUUUAACUGCUUGACAAUAAAAGGCUUUUUAUCA